UCCUGUAUAUAUCGUAAUUCCCGAAAUUUGCAAAUUACUAAGAAUUGCAAAGCAAAACAAAAGGAUGAUCAUAGGGAAAUUAAGUAAAAUGUGCAAAUUCAUAUGAAUUUAUGUUCCAGAAGGCAAAACGAUAAAUUUUGUGAUCGAAGUGUUGACUAGCUAGCUUGCUAUCUACUGGUUAAAGAAACGAGAAACGAAAUAGCUAUAUAAUCUUUCAUAAUGUCAAGUAUGAAUUCUUUCACAUCUAUGGAUGUAGACGAUAAUCCUGAAGUUUUAGAACAAGGUUUUGAUGAAUUAUUUGAUCCACCUGCACCUGAUGCUUAUGAAUGCCCCAUUUGUUUGCUGGUAUUAAACAAACCAAUGCAGACGGUUUGUGGUCACCGUUUUUGCAGAGGAUGUAUUCUUAAAGUUCUCAGGGAAGGUAGACCAAACUGUCCCAUAGACAAUGAACUUUUAAGUGAAUCUCAGAUUUACCCAGAUAAUUUCGCACGAAGGGAAAUCCUCUCAUUAACAGUACAUUGUCACAAUAGCAGAGAGUUUGGUUGCCAGUGGAUGGGACCUUUAAAAGACCUGGAGAAACAUCAUGAAGACUGCGAAUUUGCGAAUGUGUUGUGUCCAAAUAACUGUGGCACUAGAAUUGCUCGUAGUGAACUUAAAGAACAUCAAGAGACUGCUUGUCCGAGAAGAAUAGUUAGUUGCGAUUUCUGCAAUAUUAAAGUUGUCUAUCAAAGGCUUGUGGAGCACAGAGAGCGCUGUAAUAGAUUUCCAGUUGAUUGUCCCAACAGUUGCUCAAUCGGUAAAAUACCACGAGAAGAACUUGAAAAACACAUGGAAUCCGAUUGCCCGAAGUCAGUUGUAAAAUGUCCAUUUCGUGAUGCAGGUUGUACAUUUGAGGGAACAAGAGAAGAUGUGGAUGAACAUGUGAGUAAAGGUGCUGGAGAUCACAUGCGGAGUAUGAUGAAAUCAUUGCGAGCAUUGAAGAAAUCACAAGAUGAAAAUACCGUCAGUAUUCGUAAACUGAACGAAACAGGUUUCGGUGGAGAAAAAGCGUCAAUAUUUGAGUCACCAUGGAAUGGCAGAGAUGGAAAUAUUCUCAAAGCAGAGAUGGACAAACUAGCGAAAAAGUUACGCGAUCUUGAAUUAAAGACGAGUCAGUGGAAAUCUGGUACGGAUAUGUUUCGCAACGAGUACAGACAAACGACAGCAGAUUUCGAAUCGAAAUUUGACCAGCUAAAUCAAACAGUACAGGAACUACAAACUCUCACGAAUGAAAUCAACGCGCGAGUUUGGUGUGGGAAAUUUAUAUGGAGGAUUACAAACUUUGAUAAUUUGUUUAAACAAGCGCAAAGUGGCGACGUUCCAGCUAUCCAUAGUCUUCCAUUUUAUACGGGUGUCCCAGGAUACAAGAUGUGUUUACGCGUCAACUUGAAUGGAAUUGAUUCUGGUGCAAACAGUCACGUGUCCAUGUUUGUUCAUUUAAUGCAAGGUGAAUUUGACAGCGUCAUCGAAUGGCCUUUCCCAGGCAGCAUAACACUAACCAUAAUGGAUCAAGACACUCGUAGCGAACCGCAGCACGUAAAGGAGACAUUAACAGCAAGACCGACAUUACAGGCUUUCUUAAGACCGAAAACCAAUCGGAACCAUAAAGGGUAUGGGUAUGUCGAAAUGAUGCCUCACUCUACGUUACGCACAUAUGGUUAUAUAAAGGAUGACACAAUGAUAGUAAGGGUUGAUGUAAAAAUGCCGAACAGGUGAAACUAACUUCUGGUCCGUGAAAUACAUCAACGCACGCGGAAAUUUGUCCUUUAGCAGUAUUUUACAAGUUUCGUUUUAAGCUGUCCAUUCAAACUUCUUUUUAUUUAACGUAAUAAAUUACUGACAAUGUAGAAACUCGAUAUACUUAUUUUUUUAUAAUUUGUACAAAUGAGAAUAUGGAACACUCGCAACUUUUUUUGAGCUACUAUUCCUGAUACAUUGUAUUGGAAUCACAAAUCGAAAAUACACUGAGUAGGUAAAUUUUCUUAGAGAGUCGACACUUGCUGUGCCGCUAUUUGUAUUAUUAGGCUUCUUUUUUUCGCAAAAAUUAAUUUUUGCGAAAAAGUAGCUUUGUGAAUAA